CUACCCUAUACCAAACACCUCUUUGCCAACAGUAACCCUCGUACGGUAAUAACUACUUGGUACAUUCUUGAUAAUCUACGACGUAAAGUCCAAGUGAAUCAGGGCGUAGUACAGCCUUCGAAACGCAACAAAGGUAGAAACAAUCAUAUGGACGCAAGGAAUAUUCAACAAAGAUAAGAGAUAAUAACUUGUCUUGAGAAAGACUUUCGUAGGCACCUACCAAGUAAACAAGCCCUUUAUGUUAAGCAUCUGUGAAUAACUAGAACAUAUAAUAGGUCGCAUAGGCAAGCGUAAACAAUGGCCCACCACCAAAAACAACCCAAAACCACAGACAAUUCACCCAAAACCACAGACAAUACACCCAAAACUACAGAUACUAGGGAUACUGACGUCGUAGACUACGAUGACCCUCCCAUAGACGGCGCGACUGAUUGGCAGGCACCUCCAAGCCCUGGCCAUUUCACAUACGGCGUUGAAUUGCAGUUCUUGGUCCCCUUUAUACUGAAAGAUAGCAAUGACCCGCAUCCAGGAGAUCCUAGACCGGUUCUCGUAGUAGACAUAGAAAGAGAUGGGUACGAGGGAGCCGGUUCACAGGUUGAGGCAAUCGUUUUAGACACCAUACGCAGAUUGGGCCAUGUGCCAACAUGGACGCAUACAGGUCCUCCCUACCCGGAUUAUACAGAGGUGAUAAGUCACAUGGACAGUGAAUCGCAGGCGGUAGCUUAUAAGCCCCCGUACUCCCAGUGGGUAGUCGAGAUCGACAAUAGCCUUCUUUAUGAUGAGGACACACUAGGGGGAAAAUACUAUUGGAUCGGUGUCAGGGUGAAGUCCAGCAAGAGGAACUGGUCUUGGGACAACCACUUCGAUCAAAUUGGCAAUGUGGUGACGGCCUUGCGCCAGGAAAUUCGCAUGCGUGUCGCCCCUACGACAUUUCUCAACGUACACGUUGGCUACAGUCGGCACUGGGAGGACUCCAACGACACCGCGUUGCGAAGACUUUGCACGAUGUGGUGGUUUAUUGAACACCAUAUUUGGUCUCUCACGCAUCCGUCUCGUCGCGAAGAACUUGAGUCUAAUUCCUUGAGGGCGUUCUCGCUGCUAGGUGCUCUGCCGAUGGAAGACUUACUAGAAACCUAUAACAAUGAUGGCAAGCGAAGGGCUGAUUUCAUACAAGGGUACAGGGCCAUGCAUGCCAUCAUCCCAAGGCAGCGAAUGCUUCGGCGAGAAAGGGCGGAGAUAGAAGUCAUGUGGCGCGCAGACGAUGCCAAAAUCCUCUGUCAAAUGAUGACGGUGAUGAAGAUCGAACCAGUCCGAAUGAGGCAAGGAAUGCUAACAAAGCCAUUUCCCACCUUUGGCAGAGGCAAUCUCGGAUUCCAGGGCUUUUGCAAGGACGCCCUUCCGGUGAAAGUCCCCCAGAACAACAACGGGGACACGGGCACGGUCGAGUUUAGGACCAUGGAAGGUACCCUAGACCCCGAGCUUAUCAUUCACUGGGUGACGGUGGUGAUAAGGCUGUAUGCCUUUGCUUGGAUGGGAAACUCGAAUGACAUCAAGGUCAUCCUUGCGCGUGCGGGCGCCUCGAGCUAUGAUGGCCCUACCCUCCUGGAAGACAUUGACCUCCCUAUCCAAGCUGAGUAUUUUCGGCAGAAGGCAAAGGAUGACGAAGAGAACGUCAGACGGGGUUCGGUCGAUGAAUCCUUUGUUCCACCUUACCAAAAUAAUUGAAUUGGCUAUAAUUAGGAGUAAAGCAUUUUAGGUAACUAUCUGUAUUUAGCAUCUCAUAGACUAUCAAGGAAUCUUCGAAUGGCGUUCGCAUAUGAUACUCAAUGAUAUGGUAGAUGUAUGGGUU